CUCGGCACCUGGUUCGUCACAUCCGCCCGGCGCCUGCUGCCGUUGCCGCUGCGUCCCAGUGCGCCCGGGCCGGCUUGGUCGCUAAGGUAGUGCGGUCCUCGGGCUCAGCACCGGUGUUCUGUGGUGACUCUCUGUCAGAUCGGGCCGUGCUCCCUCCGUUUGUGUCGGGCACCUCGUCAACCGUGUUCGACACAAAAUACAGGUCAAGAUUUCAGUGUAUGACUACGCAUUUCUAUUAGAGAAGUAAACCAAGUCAAUCAUGGAUUCAGUUUCUAGGGCUGUUUGCAAUGGAGUGACUGAGAAGAGAGCUAUCUCUCUGCUGGCUGAGACUCAUGGACAGCAGGUUUUGAAUGUACUUCAGAACUUCCGGGAGCAGAAUGUAUUUUUUGAUUUCACAAUAUUUGUCAAAGGAGAAAAGUUCCCAUGUCACAGGUGUAUUCUUGCUGCAUGCAGUGAUUUCUUCAGAGCCAUGUUUGAAGUUCACAUGAGGGAAAGGGAUGAUGGGAGUGUAAAAAUCACUAAUUUGUCUCCGGAGGCUGUGAAGGCAUUUCUGGAUUUUGCUUACACAGGGCACGCAGAGAUUUCUGAGACCAAUGUUGAAAUGUUCUUUCAGAUGUCUUCAUUUCUUCAAGUAUCAUUACUAGCUAAAGCCUGCAGUGAAUUUCUUAUCAAAACCCUUGAUCUCACCAAUUGCUUACAACUUCUGUCUUUGUCUGAAAGUUAUGGUUCUACUGCUUUGUACAAUCGUGCUUUGUUAUUUGUAGUGCAGCAUUUUGCUCUGCUGUUAAAAUCAAAUGACUUUUUAGAAAUGAAUGCUGGACUGCUAGAAAAAUGCCUUGAAGCAGAUGCAUUGCAUGUCCCUGAUGAGGACACUGUUCUGAAUGCCCUUCUUCUCUGGACUCGAUAUGAUGCUGAUUCAAGAGAAAAACAUUUGCCUCAGCUGAUUAAUCUGGUAAGGUUGCAUCAGCUGUCCAAAGAAACCCUGGAGGAUUUUAUGAAAUCUGAAAGUUUAUUAGUAAAUAAUCCUAAAUGCAUAGAAUCUAUUAAUGAUGCUCUGAACAAACUUAAGGAGUUUAAUGGGCUCUUUCCUGAUGCAAGACCAUCUACAACAGAGAAAUACAUAUUUGUUCACAAAACAGAAGAAACCAGUAUGGUUAAACAUACAUUCUGUUAUAACAUUGAGAGUGAUACCUGGAAAGAAUUGCCUGCUACAAAUAUUAUUGAUUUUCCUGGAUCAAGUUUGGUCACCUUUGGAGAAAAAAUAUUUAUUACUGGAGGAUGUAAUGUUAGUUGCAGUAGAUCCAUACGACUCCAUAUUGCAGAAAGAUGUCAUGAUGCAACUGAUCAGUCAUGGUGCUAUUGUCCAAGGACCAACAAUUUCAAUCCAGUUUCAUCAAUGAAAAACUCUCGGACCAUGCACACAUCAGUUAUCGUGAUGAACCAGCUUUUUGUAGUAGGUGGGAAAACCAGAGGAGCAAGAGAAAUCCGGACUCUUUUAAAUGUUGAAGCUUACAAUCCUCUUACCAAAGAAUGGAGAUCAGUGAGCCAUUUGCCAAGAGGGAUUUAUUAUCCAGAAGCAAGUGCCUGCAAUGACAUUAUAUAUGUCCUUGGAUCUGAGGUAGAAAUAGCUGAUGUCUUCAAUCCAUCAUUGGAUUGUUUCUUCAAAUACAAUGUGUCUUCCGAUCAAUGGUCAGAACUUGUUGCAGAAUUUGGCCAGUUUUUUCAUGCUACUCUAGUGAAAGCUGUCCCAGUAAACUGCACUUUGUAUAUUUGUGAUCUUUCUACUUACAAAGUCUAUAGUUUUUGUCCGGAUACCUGUGUUUGGAAAGGUGAGGGCUCAUUUGAAUGUGCAGGUUUCAAUGCUGGAGCUGUUGGGAUUGCAGACAAAAUUUAUAUUUUGGGUGGGGAUUAUGCUCCUGAUGAAAUUACAGAUGAGGUCCAAGUGUACCACAGUAGUAGAUCUGAAUGGGAGGAAGUAUCUCCAAUGCCCAGGGCUUUAACAGAGUUUCAUUGUCAAGUAAUUCAGUUCAAUAGAUAUCAAGAUCCCUGGAAAGCUCAAUGAUAAUCACUGUUGUUAGUUGACAAAUUAUUUAGUCCAAUUAUUUAUUUAAAUUCUAUUUUUUUAAUUUAAACUCUUUUUAACUUAAAAUAUUCAUUUCCAAGCACACCUUUUCCUUCCCCCAUGUUUUUUUUUGUGGCAAUCAGUUUUUCUUAGUAAGACCAAUUUCAAGAUUCCUGAUUUUAUUUAAUUACUUGAAUAUUCAAUUCAUUCGAUUCUAUGUCUGGAGUCAGAUGUAUGCUUCUACACCAGCAGAGAAUUCUGUUUUCCAGCCCAGAUCUUUGACUGUUUAGUACAGUAGCUUAACCACUUUACUGCAAUACUUCAUAGAUAGAGGCUGGAAUUUGAUUCCAUGAACACAGUAUAUGUUGGUUCCUUAUCCCGUGAUCUGUCUUCAACUUGAGUUCCAUGUCAUUAAAUUUUACAGGCCAGUUGACAGUGUUUAAUCCUUUUCUUAUUUGAAGUAACUCUUCAUGCAUUUUGUAACAUACAUCAGUGGAGAGCAGUGAAUAGCUAUUCUCCCUUGGCAUGGGAACAAUCUGGGGUUAAUUUUCAUUGUUUCCAACAUCAGAAGAGCAUAUUGACUUUCAAGCAUAAAUAAUAAGCAUUACUAGUGAGUAAACACUUGUUCACAGUUGUGAUGUAUAGCCUCCCCAGCCUGCCCUCCGAUAUUUUAGGCAAGUAUUUUGAUUUCAAAAAGGAAUGUUCAUUCACCCAUUGAAAAAUGAUGGCUGGUUGUGUGUAUUUGCAAGGCUUUCAGUGACCCACAAAAUGAAUUCUCUGAUUCUGUGACAUAUCAGUGGUGCUCCUGGUGAGCAUUUUAAAGGCAAAAGUAUGCAUUUUCAUUCUUUUGAAUUGCACUGGGAUCUGUAAAGAAUUGAUUGUGAAACUUUCUAGGAGAUGGCUGACAUUAUCAUAUGCUUGCAGCUGUGUUCUGAGUACAAAAGUUCAAUGCCACAGGGGUUUGAUAACUUGAUAAAGCCAUCAAAAAGCAGUGAAUAUAUUUUUGUUGUUGUAUUUGGCCUGCAAUACCUUUUGUGUUUAAGCGUGUAUGUGGCCAUCACUGCACGCACUUCUCUCCAUUUAAAAGACCAUAAGACAUAGGAGCAGAAUUAGACCAACUGGCCCAUCGAGUCUGCUCUGCCAUUCAAUCAUGGCUGAUUCUUUUUUUUUAUCCCCUCCUCAGCAACACUGCCCAGCCUUCUCCCUGUAACCUUUGAUGCCGUCUCCAAUCAAGAAUCUAUCAAGCUCUGCCUUAAAUGCACCCAAUGACCUGGCCUCCACAGCUGCCUAUGGUUAUACAUUCCACAAAUUCACCACCCUCUGGCUAAGGAAAUUUCUCUACAUCUCUCUUUUAUAUGGACGCCCCUCUACCCUGAGGCAGUGCCCUUUUGUCCUAGACUCUCCCGCCAUGGGAAACAUCCUUUCCACAUCUUCCACAUCUACUCUGUUUCAGCCUUUCAACAUUCGAAACGUUUCAAUGAGAUCCCCCCCGAUCUUUCUAAAUUCCAAUGAGUACAGACCCAGAGCUAUCAAACGUUCCUCGUAUGAUGAUCCUUUCAUUCCCGGAUUCAUCUUUGUGAACCUCCUCUGAACCCUCUCUAAUGCCAGCACAUCUGAGGAGCCCAAAACUGUUCACAGUAAUCAAGGUGAGGCCUCACCAAUGCUUUAUAAAGCCUUAGCAUCACAUCCCUGCCCUUGUAUUCUAGACCUCUUGAAAUGAACGCUAACAUUGCAUUUGCCUUCCCUACCACUGACUCAACCUGCAAGUUAACCUUUAGGGUGUUCUGCAUAAGGGCUCACAAGUCCAUUUGCAUCUCAGAUUUUUGGAUUUUCUCCCCAUUUAGAAAAAUGUCCGCAGGUUUAUUUCUUCUACCAAAAAGCAUGGCCAUGCAUUUUCUAACAUUGUAUUUCAUUUGCCACUUUCGUGCCCAUUCUCCUAAUCUAAGUUCUUCUGCACCCUACCUGUUUCCUCAACACUACCUGCCCCUCCACCAAUCUUCGUAUCAGCUGCAAACUUGGCAACAAAGCCAUCUAUGCCAUCAUCUAAAACAUUGAUAUACGGCAUAAAAGUAAGUGGUCCCAACAUCAAACCCUGUGGAACACCAAUAGUCACUGGCAGCCAACCAGAAAAGGAUCCUUUUAUUCCCACUCUGCUGCCUCCUACCAAUCAGCCAGUGCUCUGACCAUGCCAGUAACUUUCCUGUAAUAUCAUGGGCUCUUAAGUUGGUAAGCAGCCUCAGAUAUGGCACCCUGUCAAAGGCCUUCUGAAAGUCCAAAUUUACAACAUCCACUGCAUCCCCUUUAUCUAUCCUAUAUGUAAUCUCCUCAAAGAAUUCCAACAGGUUCAUCAGGCAAGAUUAUUUUCCCUUUAGAAAACCAUGCUGACUUUGUCCUAUGUCACCACGUACUCCAUAACCUUAUUCUUAACAAUUGACUCCAACAUCUUUCCAACCACUGAGGUCAGGCUAACUGGUCUAUAAUUUCCUUUCUGCUGCCUUCCUCCUUUCUUAAAGAGUGGAGUGACAUUUGCAAUUUUCCAGUCCUCUGGCACCAUGCUGGAGUCCAAUGAUUUUUGAAAGAUCAUUACUAAUGCCUCCACGAUCUCUACUCCUACCUCUUUCAGAACCCUAGGAUGCAGUUCAUCUGGACCAGGUGACUUGUGUACCUUUAAACCUUUCAGCUUUUUGAGCACCUUCUCCCUUGUAAUAGUAACUGCACUCACUUCUCUUCCCUCACGCACGUCAACAUCUGGCACACUGCUAGUGUCUUCCACAGUGAGGAUUGAUGUGAAAUACUCACUUAUUUCAUCUGGUCUAGUCUGUCAUUGUCCCAGCACUUUCCCCUAUUCCAGUCACCUGUUGCAGAUGGCCUCACAAUACGUGUCAAAAAGCAGUCUCUGUUCAGUUGACUGCAAAUGGAAACUACUCUUGUCUAUGGAAUUUACUCAUUUGCUUCUCACUGAAGCCACACCAUUGCACGUGAAUAACUCUCCCAUUCUUCUCUCAGCUUGUACUUCAUUCCAGCAUGCACACUAAAUGAAUUUUCUUCAGUGAUGUACAACUCCUCACAAGAUAAUUCUUUACAAGUACCACAUGCUAACAUUCCAACUCAUUGAAGGAAAAGAAUUUCAAUCUUGAAGCAUGUUGACCUUUUCUGAUUAUCGAUUUUAAAAAAAGAUCAGUGUCAAGCAGCUCAUAGCAAAACUCAGCAAGUUUGCUUUUCACUUUUGUUCUUUUACCAACUAACAUUUCUGUGCUGCCAGUCAUCUGUAUAACUUUUUUCCAAAACAGAUGAACAUUUUCCCUUUGUAUUUGUUGCCAAGAUUCAGAGCCUUGAAGGAAAUCAGUAAUCAAAAGGGGGCACUGUUGUACUUUGGAGGCACCAACAUGUGAAUUAACACUUCAGUUCAGAUAAAUUUAUGGUGAUUUAUAGAGCAUAGGUUAAGAUGUGCUAGUGAAAAGAAUAGCUGAGGAUAUGGUUCAUUAGGGGAAAGUCUGGAUGUUUGGAUCCUUUCUCUAAAGUAAAAGUCAGAGUGGUGACUUUAAAGGUUUAUCUAAUAGGAAGAAAAUUGUUUGAAAUUAUUGGUGGUAUUGGAUUAUCUCUUAUUUGAUAGUUUUUCAAAACAGCAUAUGAUCUUUGUGGAUGCCGCAGUUAGCUCCUGUAGAUAGGAGACAGUGGCUUUACACUUUGAUUUCUGUCAAUUUGAUUUUAUUCAUUCACUUACUCUAUAAUCUCCACAAGCUUCAAAAUGCUGAUGUUAACAAACCUAUGCUUUGUGUUCUGUGCAAAAGAGGAAGGUGAUACCUUUGUCAAUAAAUAGAGGUUUCAUAUUGUACAGUGCAUGGACUUCCAUAAAAUAGAAAUGAUUAUUAAUACAGGUGUAUGUAUCUGCAUGGGGAACAUUACACAAGGAAAAAGGUAACUAACAGUUACAUAAGUUGUUUUCUUACUUCAUCUGGCCCCACUACAUUUAUUAUCCUUGAGCCCUUUUUCAUUGGAUGAUUUUUUUUGUUGGUUCCUUUUUCUUUCUUUGUUGAGCUACUAAAUUGGUCUGCAAACAUGUUGAGUUCUCUUCAUGGCCCACACUGAAGAAAUACAGUGUUCUGUCAAGGUACUGAAAGCUCUGUUUGAGGAUGACAUUUGUGUGCUCUUCCUAUAGUGUUCAGUGUGGUGCUUUUUGUCUAUCCAUUCAGCCAGAAAUGUUCCUUCAAAGCGAUGAAGAAGAAUCUGUACCAAAAGAUUUCCCCCUAUUGUUCGGUAAUAAUGUGCCUUUCAUUGGAUUGACAAAAUUUACGUAUAUGCAUCAUGUUUGUUGCCAUAGAUAUGUAUUUUCAUUCAUUAGUUUCUCAUUAUGUGGGCAGCAUUGACGAGGCCAGGGUUUACUGCUUACUUAUAUUUGCCCUGGAGAAAGGUGGUGGAAUGCCACCUUCCUGAGUAACAGCAGUCUUCCUGGUGAAGUUAAUCCCACAAUGCUGUUGGAUUUAGACCCAGUUACAAUGGGUCUUAAUAGUAUUUUCACAAAUUAGAAUGGUAUAUGAUUCGGAAGGAAACUUGCAGGUGAUAUUCCCAAGUUCCUUCUCAUUUUUGUUUUCAUUUUGAUGCAGGUCAUCUGUUUGGAAGGUGUUGGUGGAGUAUUGUAAGUGAGUAACUGCAGUGCUGUUUGUACAUAGUACAUGGCAGCUACUGAACAAGAGUGGAAAGAAUGAAUACUUACGAUGGUGAAUAGGUGUCAAUCAAGAGGCUGUUGAAUUCUUUAUAUUGCUAAAAUUGCACUCAUCCAGGGAAGUGGAGGGUACUUCAUCAAUCUGUUGACUUGUGCUCACUUCUCUGAACUUACUUCUUGAGUUCUACUUUUUAGUCAUAUUUACAACUGGUUUGCGAUGAUGUCUCAGCCAAGUGGUCCCAGAAACUCUACUAGGCAUUGGCGAGCAGCUUACUUGUAAGAGUAAUUGUACUGUCAUUCACCCCAUCUAUCGCACUUUUUCUUUUGAAGAAUGCUGCCUGGUCCUGUAGCCUCACUACCAUAUGAAGUGAAUUGAAAUAUUGCAGCUGAAGGUUAGCUUCUAAAAUGAGGGAGAUUCUCACGGAAGUCAAGAUGGAUUGUUUAUUGUCCACUUUUGGUUUAACAUGUUGCAAAUGCUUCAGCGUUGACAUUACAACUUGCAAGCUGGCAACGAUGAUAAAACAGCUGUACUUUAAAAAGGAUUCCCCUUUUCUUUUGAGGAAUGACAGUGCAUGAUGAUGUGUGCAGUCAUUUGUAAUUUGUUUCCAAGAAACCCUGCAAUUAUUUCAGUUGCAGAAUUUGUAACUGCUGACUAAAGCGGAAUUUGAUGUACUUACUAAUUUUUAUGUAAAGUACAGUCAUCAUUUGUUUGUUGCAGUUAAAUUUAGGCCUAUGGUUACAUUAAUACCCACAGCUAAAAAAUAUGGGCAGCUGGAGACAUGGCUAUUUGUUUUAUUUUAGAAGGCUGAAUUAGUCAGUUGCAGUUUAUUUUGAAAGUCACAGUACAAUACAAAACUUCUAUGAACUAAACAUAAGCAAUCUCUGUUCUACAUAUUCCAUGUUCACCACAGCAAACCUGUAAAAACUUAUUGCCUCAUUUCCAAUCAAUACUAUACAAUAUAUCAGUUUCCUUUCUUUCCCAUCUUAGGGAUGACUUAAAUACCCAAAUUUCUAGACUUUAAUUCCUGCAAAGUAAAAAAAAGUUAAAUAAAGAAUAAAGCAGCAAAAAGACUUUCAAAAGCUCCACUUUCUGUCAGAUUCCUGGUGUAUAUGUUCCUUUAAAAACUGUAACCAUUUAUCACUUGCACUUGGCAUCAUCGAAUUUUAUUGAGUGCAUUCAUCAUUCAGCACAACUUGAUGUGAUAAGUCAAAUUGGCAUUUAAUGUAAUAAUAAGCAGCUUCAAGAGAGCAUCUGACAUUUCUUCAAAAUGCAGUAAUGUGAACUUUUAAUUCUCGAGAUCUUGAUAGCUGUCUGAGAGUUACAAUUCUAUACAGUAACUUUUUAUAAAUGUGCAUGUAUAUUGCAUAAUAUCUUUGAAAAUUGCAACAAUUUAUAUAGCACUUUCGACGAAAACAAAAUACCAUAUGGCAUGUCAGAUCAUUAAAAGACACAAUUAACACCAAACAACAUAAGGCAGUAUUAGGAACUUUAGAAGAAAGAUUUAAGGAGAGAUCCUAGAUCUUAUUACUUGUGUACAACAGGGACAUGUUUUUAAAAAAAACAAAAUUGAAGAGAGCUAGAAAUAUCGCCAGGCUGAAGAAAUUCAUAAACAUUAAGAAGGAAAAUCAGGAUGAGAAUUCUGGAUCAGAAGCUAGGAUAGUCUAAUGACAAUAGAGGUGUGAAUUAGGACAGGCUCAGUUUUGAUCUCAGGUUUACAGAGGGUACAUAAAUUGAUUUGAGCAUGAUCUUAAAAUUCUGCAUGGUUAAAAUAUUAUAUUACUAACUUCAACUUAUCAUCUGUUUUUUAUAUUGUAACUUGUAGUAUCUAUAGAUGCAUGAGAACUGAUGAAUAAAAAAAUGAACAAGGUGAAAAGAAAUUUGGAGAUUUUAAUCUAAUUUUCACCUUAGGCAAAAUGAAACAUUUGGUUAAGGAGUAGCACUGGGUGAGUUAAUAGACAGCUAUCAGUUUUCUUUCCAGCCCUACAGGAAGUGAACAAUAACAAUCAUCUCAUAUUCUUGAUAAUUAUUGUUUGUUUGUUUAUUUACUAUUAAUUAAAUAUAUAUAACCAAUAAAAUAAGCAUGCCAGGUGACACCAAGAUUGUGGGCAGCAAAGAAGACUAUCAUGGUUUGCAGCAGGAGCUAGAUCAGCUGGAGAAAUGGGCUGAAAAAAUGGCAAAUGGAAUUUAAUGCAGACAUGUUAGAGGUCUUGCACUUCAGUAGGACCAACCAAGGAGUGCAGUAGAACAAAGGGAUCUAGGAAUACAGGUCCAUAAAUCAUUGAAGGUGAAGUCACAGAUAGAUAGGGUCAUAAAGCUUUUGGCACAUUGGUUGUCAUAAAUCAAAGUAUUGAGUACAGGAGAUGAGAUGUUUUGUUGAAGUUGUAUAAGGCAUUAGUGUGGCUUAAUUUGGAGUAUUGUGUGCACUUUUGGUCACCUACCUACAGGCAAAAUGUAAUUAAGGUUGGAAGAGUACAGAGAAAGUUUACAAGGUUAUUGCUGGGACUGGAGGAUGGAGUUAUAUGGAGAGAUUGAAAGGGUUAGAACUUUAUUCCUUGGAACGUAGAAGAUUGAGAGGAGAUUUGAUGGAGGUUACAAAUUUAUGAGGGGUUUAGAUAGGGUAAAUGCAAACAGGCUUUUUCCACUUGGGUAUGGUGGGACUACAACUAGAGGUCAUGAGUUAAGGGUGAGAGGUGAAAAGCUUAAGGGGAACAUGAGUGGAAACUUUCUUAUCAGAGGGUUGUGAGAGUGUAGAACGAGCUGCCAGCACAUGUGGUGCAUGUGUGCUUGAUUUCAAUGAUUAAGACAAGUUUGGAUAGGUACAUGGAUGGUAGGGGUAUGGAGGGCUAUGGUCCCGAUGCAGGUUGAUGGGAAUAGACAGUUUAAAUGGUUUGACACAGACUAGAUGGGCUAUAGGGCCUGUGUCUGUGUUGUACUUUUCUGGGAUUAUUAUUGUUAUUUAUUUUAUUUAUUUCUUUUUGUAUUUGUUCAGUUUAUUGUCUUUUGCACAUUGGUUGUUUGUCCUGUUGGGUGUGGUCUUUCAUUGGUUCUAUUGUGUUUCUUGUAUUUACUGUGAUAAUCAAUUUACUUAGAACGUUGAUAACUUUGGUCCAUAUUGUUACUUGGAAACUCCAUGGAGUUUUCCCAAUUUCCUACUGGUAACUUUGGAAGCCUUGAAGUUGCUUUGUUAAUGGCCGUUGAGGUCACUUCUUCAGACAUGUCCUGAAGAUGUACUUGUGAAUUCUGGCAACUCUAGCCGAAAUUUUAACUAUCUAAACAUAACUAGCUGAAAAUAAAAAUCAUGUUUUUCCAACUAAUUUUAAAAAUGUAUCAUUAUCAUUAUAAUUAGUGUUUUAUUCUUUAAGAUUAGAUAUAUGAACAAUUUCCUCUUUACAAAGUGCAGUUCUGUUCUUUGCAUAUCAUCAAUGCCAGUAUAGCAAUGCUGGAAGGAAGUGGAUAAUACAUAGAGAGUAAUAUACCAGACAGAAAGUAAUGAGUAACAGUGACAAAACUAAUAGAGCCAGUGCCUUAUUGCUCCAAAGAUCUGGGUUCAAUUCUGAUGUUGUUCUAAUAUUCCUGUGACUAUCUCAAUUUCCCAUUUCCUUCCACCAUCCCAACAAUAUCUGUACUGGUAAAUUACCCUCAGUGUGUUGGUGGAUGGUAAAAGCUGGAGGAAAUCCAAAAUGAAUGUUUGCAGGAAGAAGUAGUAGAUGAAUGGGUUUGCUCUGUUAUCUGCCUUUGAUUCAAUGAACCAAAAUGAGCCCUUGCUAAUGUAAGGAAAUAAAGUAAAUAUGACAUGGUUUUUUGCUCUCAUUUUUACGGCAAAACAGGUCUGAGAAGUGUUUUGCCUUUGAUGAUGACAAAGAUUCUUCAUCCUGAUUGACUGACAAUAUUGAACCAUAAUGAUCAGGGAAAUGAGAAAGUAUUACUACCCAGGAAAUUUCAUUUUCUGAUAGAAGUUUUGAAUUAACGAUUGUAAAAGAACAAUUUCAAGCAUAUUAAUAUAAAUUAUUAAAAAAUGAAAUGUAAUAAUUAUACACGUGUUUUUGUGAGCAAAUGAACUUUAACAUUGAUAGAUAAUAGUACUCUACAUAUGAAGGUUACUUACAAUAGCAGUAGCUAGCAGCUUUAUCUGUGGAUGUCAAAAAUGAAAGCUCAGGUUUACAUUUAGUUUAGAAUAUAAAAAGGCUGAACAGCUUAAAAUGAUGUUUACUGGUAGAAUUGCAAUAUUUUGUUAAGCAGUAGUGUUUUGUAACAUAUGAAUGCAAUUGCAAGUACAGAAAUGCUUCCCCUUUACAACCCACUGUAAAAUUGCUGCAAUCAAAUACAGAGGGUUAUUGCUACUAUCUUCCUCAAGGUGACUUUUUAACAAUGAGCUUCCAGAUCAAAUAUUGAAUUGACUGCACUGUUUUAUGCAUUAAUCUUUGAUACCAUUUUGGAAGACAGAAUGUUGUAGUGAACACACACAAAAUGCUGGAA